GAAUAAGAGACAACUUCCGCUUAGUCCGGCUGUUAAUGGCGACGUUCGUGUUUAGCACGUGUUGUUAAAUAUGUCCAUUGUAAGCGUAGGAUCGGGCUAUCUUGUCGGCUACCGACCCAUCUGUUCAUACGAUUCCAGAUGGCUCAUCUGUGCCUCGAAUACAGUUGUAGUGGUCUACAGUUUGAAAACAGGUGAAUGUGUACAUAAAUUACGGGGUCACACUAAAACAAUCACAGGUGUUCUGGUUCACCCUAUGAAUAAAUUACAGAUUCUGUCCUGUUCUCUGGAUGAGACUAUUAUCCAGUGGGAUUAUAAUGAUGGUGUUCUACUUAAGCUCAGAGAUUUCGAUGAGGUUGCUGUUAAUUUUUCGAAUGACAUUGUAGGUUGGUCUUUUAAUGUGUGUUCCUACAAACUUAGCACUGAUGAAGAUGCUCUACUAAACCCAACAGUCCUGCUAUCCAAAUGUUCUGGUGAUGAACGUUGUGUUGCCGUCGGAUACCAUGGAAGAUUUGUUGCAGCAGUUAUUAAACUAAAACUGUUCAUCAAAGAUCUCCAAUCAAACCAAUUGAUAACAUUUGAUUGCCAAAAUGAAGGACGGUUCACAUGUGUGUCUUGUCAUCCAAACGAGCAAUGUCUUGCGACUGGAAGCAGUGAUGGUAGAAUUAUCAUAUGGAGACGAUUCCUUGGAUCUUCCAAAGUGAUAAAAACCACGAACCAUUGGCAUGCCUUGACAGUGGUGGACCUGAGGUUCUCAGCUGAAGGGACCCGCCUUUUUAGUGGUGGUCAUGAAUGCACUCUGGUCACCUGGCAGCUUUUACAGCAAACUAGAGAUUUUCUACCCAGGCUUGGUGCCCCAAUUAAGACUAUCUCUGUAUCUCCUGACAAUCGGCUGAUCGUUCUUUGCCUCUCUGAUAACGAAAUACUGGUGAUUGACAGCAGCAGCUCAUCAAUAGUUCAAGCUAUAACUGGUAUCACAGUCCGGGAGUUGGGUUACCAAUUAGCAAAUCCAUAUCCUGUUGGUUUACUCUACGACCCAAACAAGAAAGCUUUAGUUUCCAAUGGAAAACCUGGCCAUUUACAGUUCUAUUGUAUGCACACCAAUAAACCUCUCUUUAAUUUGGAUGUAGUUGGAGUCAACUACAUUUCUCCCGAGAAUCUUGACAAACAGGCAGGUGUCGUAGAAGUGGUAAAAGCAGGUUUCAGUGACAACGCUGAGUGGCUGGCCACUUUGCAGCAUUGGGAAAUAUCUGGGUUUGAUCCAGAGAUAAGUUUGAAGUUUUGGUGUUACAACUCAAAGAAACAAAAGUACAUACUCAACACCAUGAUUACAUCACCUCAUCUGAAACAUGUCAACAGUUUAUGCUUCUCUCAGCUCAGUCCAACUGUUGGACAACCAGGCUGUACUGUGAGGCAAUCGGUCGUCACUUGUAGUGAAGACGGAAUGUUCAAACUGUGGUGUCUUCCUCAUGAUCCUAGUCUCAGUGUCAAGGAGACCAAGUGGAGUUGUGAACUGGAAGGAUUUUACCGGGAUUAUAUACCUAAAGAUGCCUCUUUUACAGAAGAUGCUUCUUUGCUUGGGGUUACCUUCAAUCACCUGGUAACAAUCUGGGAUCCAUUGACCAAAUCCCUUCAACGAGUCUUACAAAAUCCAUUAGAUCAAUCCAAUUGCAGACAAUUGAAGUUUGGUCGAAAGAGUUGUUUCCAUUUGUUAGUAACGACUUCAGAAUCAAGGUUAACAGUCUGGAAUAUACUUACUAGCACUGUAUUAUGGUCAGUUAAUGUAUCAGUGUCCUGUUUAACCGUAGACCCUGACACUGAAAUAAUGGCAGCUUUCACUGAAGACAAAUGCUUGUAUGUUUUCACCCCCAGCGAGUCACACCCGGUUUAUCAAGAAAAAGACAUCACAGAGGAACCAGUCGUGUACGCCACUUUUAUCACUCACCUGUCACCUGCCACAAAUUUGCCCCCAUCUUUGCAAUGGCAGAAGAAUUCACAGCUCUACUUCAUGAAUAGGAACCAAGAACUUCUAACCAUCAUUGAAAAAGACAACAAAUUUAAUGGCUUGAAGCGACCUGGUUCAAUGACAAUUCCAGAGAACCUUCCGGAAAACGAAUUCAGUUUAAUUAUUGGCAAACGCAGAAAACUUGAAAAACAACCAGAACCAAUGGAAACUUCUGCCAAUCAACCAUCAUAUUCGUCACCUUUACUACGAGAGCUAAUUAAUAUUCCUGCUGCUGUAUGCCCUCCUGUGGCUUCAUUUACCGGAAGAUUCAUCCAGAGUUUACUUACUCCAAGAGAUUCGUAACAUAUGUAAAUACAACACCUGAUGAAAUUAAAUCCGAAAAGAAUGUCAACCUUGUACAUAAUAAAUAUUUUUUAAA